ACAAAAUCAUUUUACUUAGAUAUUUUGGGGCAAGCUUCUUCAAGUUUGAAGGAAGGGAGAGAUGUGAAGCAAACAAGGACUAUGCAUAUUCCAUAGCCCAAAAGGUUGCUUUGCUGGACUUGAAGAAAUAUCUCGUGGAAGAUCUGAGCGUGUAUGCUAGGGAGCUGCAACAAAAUCUUUACGCAGUCGAAUUCGGUGUAACACAGAUUGAGAAAAUAGUGCAUCAGCUGGAGGAGCAGCACAAGGGGGGAGAAUUCAACGCCAUCAGGCACUUUACCCUUCUGCGACAUCUGCACUCGGACUGGCCGCAGUGGCUGCGAUUUAUGCGCCAAACGGUGGCCUCAGCGUGGCAGAUACACGCGCAGGAACUACGACCGUAUUUACCCACUAAAGACGACUUUGAUGAGGCCUGCAAAGUUAUAUAUAUUCUGAUCGAUGUGUAUGGGUUGUCUGUCGAAGACUUUUCCCGUGGCCUGAUCAAUGGAAAGCAAUACACAUCGAAAAGCUUUGACUUAAUGGACUGCUCUUCCCUGGCCCGACAUGGCUUUGAGCAGCGAUACUUCGACCUGGCAGAAGCUUGGUUUGAGGCCAUCCGAGCGGAUCAUGAUGAGCUCCAUCGGGUGAUGGGCUACGAUUGGGCUCAUGUGCUGCAACUCUAUGCCAGAAACCUUUAUAACUUGGGCAAGAAGGAGCUCGCGUUGGAAGUGCUGCAGAAGGCUUCGAGCCUGGGAACCGAUAACCAGACAAUCCUUCGCCAGUUGAAGGUUAUGGAGAGAGGCGAGAUAGUGCCCAUGGAAUUAGUAAAGGAAGGACAAAUUUUUAGCUAUGCCCAGGGCUGCCGCGGACUAUUCGAUCCGCCCAAAGGUCUCAGCUGCCAUUACGAUUUCCACACCCACCCCCUGCUGCGGCUGGCCCCCUUGAAAGUGGAGCCUCUCCACCGGGAGCCGUACAUAGCCAUGUAUCACGAUGUGAUCUACGAAAGCGAGAUUGAGGAACUCAAGCGCGAUGCUAUGCCGGAAUUGAAGCGCAGCACAGUCCACGAUUUGUCCAAAGAGGAAGUCCUCGACCAUGGUCGCACCUCAAUGAGCGCCUUCCAAGACUAUGACCAAAGCAAGGCAGUGAUCGCGGUCAAUCGGCGUGUGAAGUAUAUGACCGGCUUCGAAGUGCUUCCAUUUGGAUCUUCGGAUGAUUUGCUGGUUCUCAACUACGUUCCUGGCGCACAGUACCUCCCACAUCGGGACUUCUUUGGACCCACAUAUGAACAUUACAUUGAACGUGGCGACAGGAUAGCCACAGCUCUCUUUUAUUUGAACGAUGUCGAGCAGGGUGGCAACACGGUCUUCCCUGAUCUGGGGAUUUCCUGCACGCCCAGAAAGGGUAGUGCUGUGGUCUUUCACAAUAUGAACAGCACUUACCAAGGCGAAAUGAGAUCCAAGCAUGGUGGCUGCCCGGUGCUGGUGGGCUCCAAAUGGGCUGCCACAAAAUGGAUCUACGGGGCCGAGCAAAUGUUCCAAUGGCCUUGUGUGAAGCCGAAGUAGGUCUAAUGUAGGUAUGGAGCGCAGUCAUAGGGUAUCCAACAUGUUGCAACCCAAAGCUAGCUUUUCCUUACUGAUUUCUGAUCACAAAUAAAAGAAGAAAGGAAAGGUUCAACACUCUAUCGUA